AAUAAAUCGUAGAAUUGGCUGGAGACGCAGACGCUCCGGGGCUAAGGCCGGGCGAAGACCGGCGCAAGCAGCCGAUUGCGGGUGAUGUGCUGGACAAUAGAGGCGAGGACGUGGCUACGCAGUGCAGAGGGGCGUGUACCGAACAGUCGCGUCCUCCGACACCACGCGGAGGAGAUGUGCAAGUUUUAUGGAGGUCAACGGGUGCUCUGCCCGUUACUCGCCGACCACAAUUGAGGGGCAAUUUCCAGCCGGGAUUCUCCCAUGCAAAAAACGGAGAAACGCUCGCUCGUCUUAAACCGCGCUGGGAACAACUGCGACUCAAGACGCGCUGGAUUUGAGACUUCCUUCAGGCCCCAGGACGUGAAGUUCGACUCGACCUGUAAUCGGAGGAUGACUAAGCGGGAGAAAUUCAACCCUAUCCCAGAUGGCGGUGAAUUUGGAUCACUGCGGAAGAGUGACGAAGUUGAGUGCACCAACCUUUAUGUGGUGGUGCCUUGGUUGAACAUGAGACGGGCUAUUCGCUGACAAGGAACAUUUGAGUGAGAGGUGUAGUCACUCAAGUCUGUGAAAGAUGGGUUUAUUAACAUAAUAAAAAAGAAUGGCCAGCGAUAAUUUUCACUCGUAUUUCAGGUUGGAUCCAAAGGGAUCGUCAGAGUGCUGAUCUUAUGUUUUUUAUCCGCUUAUUAAAACAGUGGCUGAAUGUUCUUUAUUUGCAAGUUGUAUAUCUCGAGAAAAGCUGCUUAAAAAUAAAUACUGAAACAACCUUACCUUUUACAAUCGACAUUUCCUGGUUUUCCAUGAAUGAUUUUGAAAUAAUUCAUUAAAUGAUUCCUUUAUGUUGUUUGAAUUGUAAUAGAGCAGUGUUUGUAAUUGAUAGCAAUGUUAAAAAUUGUUUUUCUUUGCAGUUAGAACGCAAGUUUAGACGUUAAACUAGAAAUGUAGACUGCUGUGAAAUAAAAUGUUGCUGUAAGAGAGAUAAAACUUGUUAUAAGCAAAUAAAUAUAAAAUAGCUGAAUGUGUGUGGUUUGACGGUACUGAACUAUGAAAGAAAAUUUUACCUGCUAAAGAUUUUGAAAAUUGUGGGCAAUAAUUGUUUAAGUUUUUUAUUUGCCAUUCCUCACUGUAUAAUAUUUCAAUUUGUUCUGUGUAAACGUGGUUUUCAGUUAGUUAGAAUGUAUAAAUGUAAAUUCACACAUUUCUAAUCGUUAGCAAAUG